AUGUCUGCUCUCAACACAUCUCAAUUUGUCCUCUAUGUUAUCCUUUUUCUCCCAGUCCUAUACAUUCUCUAUCGACACAAAACAGCUGGCAUCCUUGGGUGGCUAUAUCUUACAGCAUUUGUGACCAUUCGAGUGGCAGGUUUAGGAAUGCAACUUGACAACAACGGGUCCACUAGCUCGAGCGCUGUACUUCUAAAUAACAUCGGCCUCUCCCCGCUGCUUCUGUCCGCCUUAGGUCUUUUACACGAAGCGAGACGAGCACAUCUUUCGAUUGUCAACAACAAACUUGAAUGGGCCCUCAUCAUCAUCUAUCACAUCUUCGUUACCACAGGUCUAGCUAUUCUGGCCAGUGGUAUCAGCUCUAUGACAAGCUCACACCCGCCCUCAUCGGCUGCUUCCAUGGCUAAAGUUGGGUAUGCUUUGAUGUUAAUUGCGUGGAUCAUCCUUGCCAUCUACACACUAAUAUCAUUGCCGUCCCGACAAACAUAUCCUGCCGCCCCUAAAUAUGACUUUGGGAGUAAGGUUGGUAAUACCUAA